AUGGCUUCUGGGGCGCCAAAAGUACCCAUUGUACAGCAGAAUGGCACUCCGAUCAAUCUGACAACCCCGGGGCCUCAGCUGAGGCCUCAGUUUAGACGGCAAGGCUCCAGUUUUGGAGGCGCUGGUUAUGUGUCACCGAUGGCUGUGAUGACAAUGCCUACUAAAGUUGACUACAGUGUAACUAAAGGAGGCGUACGGUUAUGGGCCGUCUUAUUUGUAUUUAUUUUUCUUUGCUCAAGUCUUUAUGCUUUAUUUUCAACUAAAGAAUUAGCAGAAUUGGCUUCUGUUGUUGAAGAUAUCGAGGAAGAUCUUAAUAUUGACUUAGGAGAGGACGCAAAUGAAGAUACUGAUACACCAUAUGAAAAAAAAUCUAAUCUUGGAGGCGCAGCUUCAUCUCGAGGUACCUCGGCAGGUGCUACAGGUGGCGCAGCUGACGUAGAUGUCGAAGACGUAGAGGAUGAAGAUGAAGAGGAAGAAGAACUUUUAGCAAAAUUAAAAGCUAAAGCUGAAGAACGCACCAAAAAAUACAAAAAAGAGAAAGAGGAAAUACCGGCAGAAGCAAGUAGACCCGAAGAGAAACCAUCUAAAGUACUGGAUGAAGAAGAUACCGAUAAAGAAGCAAAACAACGAGGAAAAAGGAAGAAAAAGAGUAAUACUGAGGUAACUGAAGAACAACAACCUGAGGUUGAUGGUGAAAAAGAACCCAAAGAAAAAUCUGAGCAGAUUGAAAAGAAACAGUUAAAGAAAGAAAAACCUAAACGGAAAGCAGCACCACCGCCUUGUGAUGAAAAUGAAAAAGAGCCCAGUUCUGAUGCAAAACUAGUGAGAAAAGAUGCUCGAAAACCUAAAGAAUCUUCAUCUGCAGAUAUUCAGCAAAAGGAACAAGAAAAAAGUGCAGUUUCUGAGGAUGAAGGCAAAAAAGGAGUAGAAGGCGAAAAACCUGAAGAACAAAAGAAAGAAAAAGAUGAGGAUGAAGAACUAGAAGAAGAUAUAGAACAAGACGAGCAAAAACAGUACGGAAGGGAAAAACUAAAGGCGAGAAAACCACAACGAUUUGGAAGCAGCACUGCCGCUGCAAAAGCAAACCAGGAAUGUAGGCGAAAGAACUGCCCGGCAGUGGAUGAUGGAAAACCACGGAAAGAAUUAUUGAAACAUAAAUCGAGAAAAACCUCAUUGGGUAUAAAACGAUUUAAACCAGUUGGGGUAGAUGAUGACAUUGAAGAAGAGGAGGAAGAGGAUGAAGAAGAAGAAGGGGACGAAGAGCUUGUAGAGGAUAGAGAUGGAAAGCCGGGUACAGAAGGGUCGGAGGACACUGAACUGCCUGAAACCAACCCGGAAUUAGCAGCUACCUACGAAAGGCUGCAAGAUCGACAAGCGUACAAGCGACAUGCUAUAACGAACCGUGAGGAUGACCGGUAUCGCAGCUUGCUUGACAGAGCAGAUAACCUCGUCGAAAAGGUCAGAAUUAGAAAACGGAAGCCAAAGCGAUUUUAG